AAAAAAAAGCUGUCUUUUUUUAUGGAUGUGAUGAAAAAUCAAGAUUUUGUCGCUCCACCCUCGAAAUGCAUGGAUCGACCAGCUAACAAGAAGAGGCUUUAUCAAGUUUGGAAGGGUCGCAACAGAUUUUUUUGCGGAGGACGAUUGGUCUUUGGUCCUGAUGCAGGAUCGAUCCUCUUGUCUACCUUCCUGAUUGGUGGGCCCGCAUUGACAUUCUGUGUCCGACUGUUUUUGAAGAUUCAUGAGCUUGAUUACUUAUACGGGCAUAUUGUAUUAGGUGUGGCAAUUGUUCUAACCAUUUUGGACUUGACUUUUCUCUACAUGACAUCUGCGAGAAAUCCCGGGAUAAUUCCUAGAAAUCGACAGCCGCCAGAUAUAGACAGCACGUCGAACUCCAUUACAUCAAUAGACUGGAUAACCUCGGCAACCCCAGACCUUAAACUACCGAGAACAAAGAAUGUUUUAGUAAACGGGCACACGGUUAAGGUUAAGUAUUGCGACACGUGUUUGUUGUAUCGCCCGCCACGCGCUUCCCACUGCUCGAUUUGCAACAAUUGUGUCCAAAGGUUCGAUCAUCACUGUCCGUGGGUUGGCCAAUGCAUUGGAGCUAGGAACUACAGGACAUUCAUCUUGUUUGUUUCGACGUCAACAAUCUUGUGCGUAUAUGUGUUUACAUUUUCGUUGUUGCACAUCCUCAAAGAACCGGGUAGUCUAUUAACGGUCAUGUCUUGUGACAUUGUCUCGGUUAGUUUAGUCGUUUAUUGCUUCAUUGCCGUGUGGUUUGUUGGCGGGCUUAGCGUCUUCCAUUUCUAUCUCAUGUCCACCAAUCAGACGACAUAUGAGAACUUCCGAUACCGAUACGACAAAAAGGAAAACCCGUACAACAAAGGCAUGCUUCGAAACCUAAAGGAAGUGCUUUUAUCUAAAACGGCCCCUUCGUUGGUCAAAUUUCGGGAAUGGGUUGUCGAAGAAGAAGACGAGUCAGUUAUAGAAUCCGUGACGAAAAAAUACGGUGGGGACUGCAAGAAGUCAAAGGGGAAAGUUGACUUGGAGCUCGGUAUUAAUUAUGAAAAGGAUGGGAAAACGAUUCCGGAUAUACUAAAGAACUUGGAUUAUAACGGGAUAGACGAUAGCUUGAGAAAGGACAAUGGCGGGGAAAUUGAUGGCCUCGACCCUUUUUUCUCUCCUCGUUCUCACGAAGAAGAAAAUCAUAAAAAUCGAGAUAGUACCGUGGAUCAUGAUGAUGAUGAUGAUGUGUUCGACUACAUGUCGGUUUUUUUUUCGUUUGAGGACUAAAGAUUUUGAAGAUUCGAGGAGUGGAUAAUGAAUUCUCGUAGGCAAAAGUCUCUCUUGCUUUUUGAUUUUUUCCGAAGGACUGCACAAGGUGCGAUCGAUCUAAAUUGUUGUUGCAUUGUGAGAAAAUGAAUAAAAGUUGUGAAGAAUCUUGUAAAUUCAUGUUCAUAUUUUUUUUUUUCUUUUAAAUGUCCACAACAAAAUUUGUGUUUCUAUUUUUCUUUCUUGGCUUCAUAGAAUAGCAAUGGUUGUAAUAUCUUUG